UAAACUUUUCUUUUCUUCUUUUUUCUCCUUUUGUUUUUUCCUCUUGUGAAUCUGGCGAGAGGCGAAUUUCUUGGUGAAUUUUCUCAAUAUUUUCAAGUAAAUUUGAAGUUUGAUUACACCCAAAUCUGAUGCGGGGUUUGUUUUGUUUGUCCAAAAAAAAAAUCCAAUAAAAGAGGAUUCUUGGAUAUAUGCUCAGUUUAAUAAUAUAAAGCUUUCGGUGGUUUUUGUGUAGCUACUUUGUAAAGUCUGUAUGUUGUAUUUUUUUGUUACCUCGUAGAAUAUCCACAAAUGUACAUAUAUGUGGAUGUUGUGGCCUUAAAGGAGGCUAUUUUUGUAUAUCAAAUGUACAUGGAAAUUUUUGACGUUAGUGUUUUUAUAAAGUAGCCAACUCAAAUGCACAUGAAGGUCAAAGCUUAACUAAUGUAUUUAGCUACUUGCAGAGAAAUUGAUGUUUUUAAUGUACUUGUCUUCAAAUUCUAGAAAAUAAUCUUGGUAUGGUUGGUGGAAAUAUUUAUUUGAUUUAUGGUUAAACAGAAAUGAGAAAUCCUGAGGAUUCUAACUUCCUUUCACUUGCUUCUGCCCAUAUUUCCUCCAAUUGUAGCCAUCUUCUGCUUUCUGUUCUGUGAUGGUUGAGUGUAAUGUACUGGAGCUGGAUUACUCUGCAUGUUCUCAUGGGAGAAGCUCUGAAUUGGAGCCACUUCUGUUUUCACCCUAGUAAUUUUCAUUUUGCUGGUUGGCAUGUUGUUGCCUUGUCAUUAAGUCUUCCUGUUUUAUCCAAUUAAUUUAUCACAAACCAAUUUUAGAGAUUUACAAUGGAAAGGAAACUUGAAAGAAAAGAAAACAAAACAAUUUAUGGUUGUUGAUGUAAGGCUUUAGUCAUCUAUGUUUUAUUGCAAAUUUCAAUCUUGCUUCCAUGUCAUGACCCGCAAAAUGCACAAAAUAUAGUUUCAUCGGAAAAACUAUCUUUCCAGCAAAGAGAUAGACAUAAUAUGGAUUCUAGCUAAGAGAUAUACUUGGAUGGUUCAACAAUUAGCUGUUAUUUAAUCUGAUAAGCUGACACUUUUUAAAGUUUCAUAAAAGAAACAGCUAAAUACUAGUCAUGUUAUACAUAUUUUACAGAAGAUAAUAAAAACAAUUACCCUCAAUUCCUAGCAACUUGGUGUCUGCUAUAUGAAUUUUCACUAAUCAUGUCGCUCCUUUUAAGCUCAUCUCACACCAAUAUUGUACAUAAAUAAUGUGAACUCGAAAAUUCCCAACAACUAAAUAUGAUAGGAGAAGCCCCCCCAAAAAAAAGAAAUAUACUGAUGAGUUUAUUGGAGCAGAAGACUGAAACAUUGAUGAUGAAGUAGAAGUCAUACUUUGGAAAGAGAAAUAAAAAAUACUUGAGUUAUCCUCCUUUGAAUUCAAAUUACCAGAACUCCCUGUAGUUGGAGAUGGGAGAGUCUGCUGAAAACAAUUCAAAAUUAAUAAAAAGGAAAUUCUUGGUCAGACAAGUUACAAAAAUUGAGAAAAAUUAGUAGUACUUCAACAAAAAUGUUAAUCAUUUUAAAAAAAAAGAAGCAGCAAAGAACUUGCAUUGGAAUUGCUAAACAGAAUUGUUGAGUCCCAUGCGCCGAUGGACUUAAAGGAGGAGGAUAAGCAGGAUAAGAAGAAGGAGAAGUUGGUGAUGAAGAUGAAACCAUUGGCAAAGAAGAAGGUGGAAAUGACUUGAAUUUUGGAAUCUCAUCUUUGUUUUGUUGAUUCAUUCUUUAAUCAAUGAACCCCCAAUUCAAUGAAUUCUUUUCUUGAUUCAUUGAACUGUUGUUACUCCUCAUGUUGUUAUUAUCAUUAUCAGAAAGUAGGUCACUGAAAGAAGAAGAAGCCAUGAAUUGGGAGGAUAAAAAGGAAUAGUUGUUGGUAAAAGAAUUCAUAAAAGUGUUCAUAUUUCCACAUGAAGAAUCCAAAUAAUUUUUGCAAGAAAACAAAAAUAGGAUAAGAAAGAAUUCAAGCUUUUUGAAAGGUUAUUGGAUUCUAGUUUGAAAAAAAUUUAAGAGGAAAAAAAUGAUAAGUGCUUAGAUUUUUUAAACAAAAAACGUUGUGUUUGUUUGUGCAUAAAUUCUUAGAUCUUAUGUGGAUGUUGUGGCCUUAAUAGUGUACUAGUCCUAUCUAAAUUGUUGCAUCAUAUGGCUUUGAAGUGUACGUUGCAUCUUAUGGCUUUGAUUGCAACUGUGUUACUCGGACACUUCAAAAAUGUUGUUGGGUAUGUGUCAGAUCCUCCAAAUUUAGUGCACUUUUGGAGGAUUCGACACGGAUGCGACAACACUUUUAGAGAGUCCGAGCAACAUAGGAUUACAAUGCUUUUACGUGCCAACUAUAUACCUUGCCUUGCCUCAUGUUUUAAGAAUAAAUUAGAACAAGUUGAACUAAAGAAGUUACUAGAGCAUGUAAACACCAAACAUAAGGAGUGAAAAUAUGCCUUCAACUUGACAUCAGUUCAACUAUAGGACGAGGAAAUGAAAGUAAGUAACACGUAAAGUUCCAGUUUAUAUUGUUGCGUAAAUAAAAAUGCAGAAAAAAUAAGCCAAGGGUAUAACUGUUAACAAUUAUUUUAUUUUAAAGUUUAUAUAAUGUAUAUUAAUUUUAAUACAACAAAAUCAAACAUCCAAAGAAAUAAUUUUUGCAUAAUUAAUUCUGUAUAACUUGUCCCUGCAUAACUAAUCAUUAUUAAUAUCUACAUAACUCUAACUAGCAACCAAACGACCCCUUAGUUAAUAUGUGCAAUCAAGUCAUCACCAAAACUUAUUUGGUUUGAGAGUCUCCUAAUUAUGAUAGAAAUAGCACGCACUAGUCACUUUUUGUCAUGUCUUUGAAAAGUAGCUUUGUGUUGGAGUUUCAAUAUCAUAAGGACUGAAACGUGACUAUUUGUGAAUUUAUUCUUUACUAUAUGGAGUUUCAGUCUCGAUUGGAUAUCCACUUUUUUUUUGGUAGUAUUACUAUAUGGUAUUCGAUACUUCUGACCCAACUAAUUCACCAUCAAAGUGAGAGCAACUUCCUGCUAGAAAUUUCUGAGUAAAAAUGAGAGGAUUUCUCAUAUCCAUCCCACGAUAUUGUGGUAUUCACCCCUAUAUUCAUUUAACCAAAUGGCGGGAAAUGAGAAAAUAAAAAAAACCCGAAUCUCAAUCUUGGCCCCCCCACCCCACACCCCCAGCUAUAAAACCCUUACUCUUCCCUUCCCUCUAUUUCUUCACUUUCUCCUUAAAAUCCUAAAUACAAAAGCAGAACUAAUGCAAUUCCAAAUAUCCAUCGAGAUCGGCAAAAAGAAAUGUCCACUUAUGCAGAAGAUUUCUCUCAAUUUGGUAUUUCAGUAGAGGAAAAAGACAAACUUGUAGCAGAGGUGAUUCGUUAUGUAUUAUUCAAAAGUGAACAAAAUUCAGGGUGUCCUAUAAAGAGGGAGGAUUUAACACAAUUGAUUACUGGCAAGAAUUACCGUCAAAGAAAUUUACCUGCUUUUGUUAUUAAUGAAGCAAAAUUGAAGCUUUCCUCCAUUUUUGGCUUUGAAAUGAGGGAACUUCAGCGCUCUCGUUCGUCUACUCAAAAUGCUCGCUCCUCUCAGCAAGUGGCAGCUGAUGCGAAGUCGUAUAUCCUCAUAAGUCAGCUACCCAAAGAAGUAUACGAGGCAUGUGUGCAGGAUGAAAAUAAAUCACAUGUCACUGGUCUUACUUUUGUGGUUAUUAGCAUUGUUCAUCUUGCUGGAGGCAAAAUUACUGAAGAAAAUCUUUGGCAUCAGUUGAGAAGGCUGGGAUUGUCUGAAACUGAUGAAAGCCAUCCUGUUCUUGGAAACCUCAAACUGGCAUUGGAAGCACUUGUUCAACAAAGAUAUUUGCACAAAGAGAAGGUGAAUGGUCCUGAAGGUAAUACAAUAUUUUAUGAACUUGCUGAGAGGGCACUAGACGGGCCAAUUAAUGAUGGAAUGAAAGAGUAUAUAUCAAAGAUUGUGAACAAAGACAUUGCCUCUGUGGAUUGCUGACUGGGAUUCUUCACAAGUGUUUUUGGCCAUAAUUCAUAACUGUAUGAGAUUAGUCUUUGAAGCUGUUAAUUUGGUAAUGAUGUUUUAGAUUAAUCUGAGGGGUACCGUUUUCGUUCUUGGUCGACUUUUGUGAAGGACACCCCAUUAGUGUAUUUAGGCAGCUGUGUUUAUGUUACUGUCCUACUAAUUAGUAUCUGUUUAGAAGUAUUAAUACAGCCCCUCUUCCAGCUAAAGUUUUGAAUUGGUAUUUUUUUGGAUAUUAGUAUAUCAUGCAUCCAUCUAAAA